AUGUCGAACGAGUACUAUCGUAUCGCGGGGGUCGACAACGACGCGUUGUUCAAUCUUCCAGCCUCUGAUAGCGAGCAUGAAUUCUCUGCACACGACGAGAUGGCGCAGGCAGACGCCAUCGCUUCGCAACUGGACCUGGACAACGACGUUCGGCCACUAUUCUACAACGACAUGGAUAUGUUGCAUGGCGUGAACACGCCCUCCUCUGUGAAGGCGGACAUGCUUGCUGUGAUUAUUGACACUGUCAUUCACUACCGCUCGCGGCACGGGAACCGCGCGUUCCCGCCCGAACAAUUCUACGAGUUCCUUCUAGAAAACAAUGAGAAUGCGGACUUCGCCAGACCCCUUGCAUGCCGUUGUGCAAAAUACUUGCGCAGUCUGAGCCCUGAAGAUGCGGACGCAGAGAUAGAAUACCUCAGAAACCUGCGUCUUGACAUGUCCCAGGGCCAGGCCGGCGGCCAGGAGCAGUCCGCGUCCCAAGAUGGUCGCGCAUCGCGGCAGAACCAGCCUUCAGAAGCACAAGCCGUCGACGACACCGAAGUCAGCCAGGCCCCAGCUCCCGAGCGUGGCUCCCAUCGUGAAGACGAAAACAGCGGCUCUGCUCUGAAAGAAGAGCUCAACAAGCCCUGCUCCUUUGCCUACCGAGGAUUGAUUCAAGACAUCAAUCACUACGUCGACGUCGAGAAAGAGUACUUGGGUCUCAUUCGCCACGAGACGGGUGAUGCAAACGCCGAUGAAACCUGGCCACUGACCUCGGAACUCCAGCGGGCUUACGUUGCACAGGUCGUCGAUGCCAUCAUGGAUGUUAGCGACUUUGAGGAAAAGAAAGAGGCCCUGAAGAAACAACAGGCCAUUGACGCUUUCGAAGCAGCAAGGACGGCUGCCGCUGAGACCGAGUUCCCGGUCUCACUUGGAAAGAGAAAGAGGGACCAUGACAAGCUCAGCCAGCCCCAGAAGCUUUCCGUCCGCGAGAGGACUUACGCCGAUCCCAAGAGCACUCCGGAGGAGGUGCUCCAAGUUGCUCUCCACCACAAGAUGUCCGACGUUGAGAUUGAAGUCCUGGCCAUGAAGACAUCAGCUAUGAACACGCAACAAGGAUGGAACAUGCAGCCCCAGUGGGCAGGAAACAGCUACCAACCGUGGGAGAAAUUCGACAGCUUUGGCGCUCGGUGGGCUGAGGUCUGCCAAAACAUGCGCAACCACAAAGUCAUGGUUCGCUCGCUCAUGGUGCCCGACUGGGCCACCCGCUUGACUGCGGCUCCAAGGCGGGAGAACAAACUCAAACAAGGCAACAAAAAGGUCAAUGCAAAGCGAGACCUCGAGAGCAAGCUGGGAAGAGAAACCCUCAAGCGGCAGAAGACUGAAGCCGGCGACUCUGGCGACUCCGGACAGGACGACAACCAAUAG